GACCGAGUAGACCUAUAUAAAAUAAAGCUAGAUCUCUGACCUACAUAAAAUUGUAAAGCACAAAGUUAUCAUAUUCAAGGUAAACUGUUUAGUAGACAGUAGGAACGAUUAAAUUGAUCAAAGUCCGAGAAGUGGGUCUAGAGUCUAGAUCUAGAUAAUCUUAUUCUGAUAGACUAGAUCUAGAGAUAGAUCUACUUGGUCUAAGUUAUAGAAUGUCGGGUUUACGGAUUCUUGUAGGAUGCAAACGAGUAAUUGAUUAUGCCGUAAAGAUUAGAGUCAAGCCAGAUAAAUCAGGAGUUGUUACAGAUGGGGUUAAGCAUAGCAUGAAUCCUUUUGAUGAGAUUGCAGUAGAAGAGGCAGUCAGGCUGAAAGAGAAAAAGAUAGUAUCUGAAGUUAUUGCAGUCUCCUGUGGGCCUCCUCAAUGUCAGGAAGUGUUAAGAACUGCAAUGGCCAUGGGGGCAGACAGGGCCAUCCAUAUUGAGGUAGAUGCUAAGACUUAUGAAGAGAGUGUACAGCCGCUGCAUGUGGCCAAAGUUCUGUCAAAAAUUGCGCAGGAAGAAAAAGCUGACAUAGUUAUGACUGGUAAACAGGCUAUUGAUGAUGACGCUAAUCAGACAGCUCAAAUGGUGGCCUCUUUGCUAAACUGGCCACAGGCCACAUUUGCCAGUAAGCUGGAGAAGGUGGAUGAUGGAUUUAAAGUGACCAGAGAAAUAGAUGGUGGUUUGGAGAAUAUUAAAGUCAAGCUGCCAGCUGUUAUAUCAGCUGAUUUGAGGCUGAAUGAGCCUCGUUAUGCUACUCUACCAAACAUUAUGAAAGCCAAAAAGAAGCCACUGGUAAAGAAGACACUAGCAGACUUUGGUGUGGAUUUGAAACCCAGGCAGAAAGUAUUGAAAGUGGAAGAGCCCCCCACCAGGCAAGCUGGCUCCAAGUUGGGAAGUGUCGAGGAGCUGGUUCAAAAACUGAGAGACGCUGGUCUCGUUCCAUCUUGAGGUUAAACAUUACUGUAGUGUAACCGUGUGUUGAAAGACUUUUACCUACUGGAGACUAUCAUAACUCUGUGUGAUCAAAGAGUGCUGCCCAAGGGAGCCAAUCAAUUGUUUUGUGAUAUAUUACAUUGUUAUAUACCUUGAACUUGUUCUGCAAGAGUUAAGAUUAAAUAUACAGUUUCUUAUAGAGACAAUAUCAA